ACUAGCUCACAUAAAUUAAAACGAAUACUUACUUCAAGGUAUGUUUGUCCAUUUAAGGACUAAAAUAGCUGCUUUUUAAAAAAAAAUAAAAAAAUUUAAAAGGUUAAAUAUCCUCCUCCCUGCUGCCGCCGUCUCCGCCUCCGGAGCUCCCCUGCACCUCCGUGCUGCGACUCUGUAUAUUCACCAAUCUCCGGCAUCCACUGUAACUGCUCUCGUUAACUUGCACGCCUAAGGAAGAUGAAAAAACAGAUGGAUUUAUUAGGGGGUAAUAGAAUUGAAGAUGUUCGGUGGCUUUGUUCCUUAACAGAAUCUGAGCUUGAUUUAUUGAUAGGUUUGAAAGUUUUGAUACAACAACGUGCCAAAAAGAUUGGUCGUGAGUCUUUAGCUAACAAGUUUGAUUUGAAGACCCUUCGAUCCCUCAGUUUCAUUUUGAUGGAGAAUCUAAAAGGAAAACUUAAAGAUCUGUCCGGUACACCUGGUACAGCCGAGUCCUCGUCAACUUUAGAUGCAUGUAAUUUGUCGAAUUGUGAUCUUGACAAGACUUUUGCAAAUAUGGGGGUUGAAGAGCUGAGCUCAUACUUUUGCAACGAUAAGAGGAAGAGAGUUAUGGAUAUGCUUUCUGAAGACAUGUAUCCAAAUAGAAAGCAAAGAGCUAACAGUGGUAGCAGCAGCAGCAGAUCCAUGUAACAAUAUAAGCAGAUCAUAACUUAUGUAUUUUUACAAAGGAAAAUAUGUAUCUUCGUUGGAUACAUCGGGAGUUAAUUAUGUAUCUCGACAGAUCUAAAAUUGGUAUUUUCAGUAAUUAUAUAAAAUAUCAAAUUUUUUUGUAA